GCGCGGAGCUGCACGCGACGCUUCUUCGAGGCUGCGCAGGUCAUGACGCCGCAGCAAAAGGCGCCGCCGCCGCUUCCACAUCUGCGCUGGCGCUCCCGCGUCGUCGUUCGGAGGAAGCGCGAUAAGGUCUGACUGCAGUGGGAGCUGCCGCGUGGAGCUGCGCGUGGAGCUGCGAACGACUGAACUUGUGAGGGGAGGAGAGACGGAGAGCGGUGCGCUCUCCUCCCGCCAGAGUGCGUCCGGCUCCACACGCGUAUACUCGCGCGCGCGCGCGCGCACGCACGCACGCGCGGGGGUCACUCCGCUCGCAGGCAGCGCGCUGGCUUCUCUCCCGCACCUCCUGAAUUCCACAGACGAACAGCCGGAGACGCCAGCGGACCUUUCCCAUCCGUGCAGCGUGAGCGCGCGCCACCGAAACUCCGCCGCGUCUACGUCUAAUUGUUCCGUCGGCUGUUUCCGACGCGGAGCUCCCGCGUUACGAGGGACGACGAGCGGCGUGGCCGCGCAACUCGCCCGAUCAUGGAUUUAUGGAUAAAGUUGAUGCUGUUGUGCAGCUGCUGGUUGCGAGCGAGCGCGGACUUUGACGGCAGGUGGCCGCGGCAGAUGGCCUCGUCCAACGGCCUGUGCCGGUACGGGGCCAGGGUGGACUGCUGCUGGGGAUGGACGCGCCGCUCCUGGGGUCACUGCCAGCCUCUCUUCGCCUUAACUCACAGGGUAGCCGGGAUAAGGUGCCGGCCCCAAGCUGUGUGCCAGCCGGGCUGUAAGCACGGCGAGUGCGUGGGACCCAAUAAGUGCAAGUGCCAACCCGGAUUCACCGGCAAGACCUGCAAUCAAGACGAAGAGCUGGACUAUUUAACCCCACCAGUGUGGGCCAGUCACCUCCCUGUCUUUCUUCCCGUGGACCACCAUCCAGCGAGGGCUGUAAUGGAGGACCUGAACGAGUGUGGCCUGAAGCCGCGGCCCUGCAAGCACAGAUGCAUGAACACGUAUGGGAGCUACAAGUGCUACUGCCUCAAUGGAUACAUGCUGAUGCCUGAUGGGACCUGUGGAAAUGCUCGCACCUGUGGCGUGGCCAACUGCCAGUACGGCUGCGAGGUGCUGAAAGGGGAGGUCCGGUGUCAGUGUCCGUCGCCGGGCCUGCAGCUGGCUCCGGAUGGAAGAACCUGCGUCGAUGUGGACGAGUGUGCAGCUGGACUCGCCGUGUGUCCCAGGUUCAGGAAAUGCAUCAACACCUUUGGCAGCUACAUCUGCAAGUGCCACGAAGGCUUUGACCUCCAAUACAUCAACGGAAAAUACCAGUGCAUAGACGUGGACGAGUGCUCUUUAGGGCAGAGCCACUGCAGCAGCUUCGCCGCCUGCUACAACACGCCGGGCUCAUACAAGUGCAAAUGCAAGGACGGCUACAGGGGGAUGGGCCACGACUGCGCACCCAUUCCAAAGGUGGUUAUUGAGCCCCCGAGACCGGGAAGGCUGCCUCCAAAUCACCACAACCACAUCCCCGACCUGGACCAGAAGAGGCCCGCUACCACCGUCCGGCCGCCGGUGACUCCGAGGCGGGUCGUCCCCUUCAUCCCCAAACCCACGCCUUCUGCCAGGACCGCGCCCGGCACCACCAGAGCGCCUCCGCCUCCGACGAGGGUCCCGCCGCCGCCGCCGCGCAAGCAGCCGCCGGUUCCCACCCGCAAGCCGCUCAUCCCCACCAGGAAGCCGCCCGUAGCCACACGCAGGCCCUCCACCACGCCCGCACCCCCCACCCGACUGCCCCCGACCCCCCCGCCGGCCACCGCCGUGGACAACGCCAUCCAGAAGGACGUCACCAAGCAGAGAGGCGACGUCCACAUUCCCCGGAACCACGGCCACAACACCGUCUUCGGCACCGACUUCGACAUCGAGCUCGGCAACACGGCGGAUGAAGCCAAGGACGACGCAGAGUCGGGCUACCUGAGCUGCUCCUUUGAUGACGGCCUGUGUGGUUGGAUCAGGGACAAGGAUGGAGACCUGCACUGGGAGACGACACCCGAUCCGUCAGGCGGGCGCUACCUCACCAUCCCCGAGGCAGGAAACAAGAGGAGCGGGCGCGGGGCGCGGCUCGUCCUCCCGCUCACGCCGCCCUGGAACGACGGCAACCUGUGCCUGUCGUUCCGGCACAAGCUGGCGGGCCACCACGUGGGCAUGCUGCAGGUGUUCGUGAAGAAGGGGAAGCAGUACAGCCCGGCGGUGUGGGGCCGGACGGGGGGCAACGGCUGGAGGCACACCCAGAUCACGCUAUGGGGCACGGGCCUGGAGAGCGUGAUCCUGAAGGGGGAGCGCGGGCGAGGCCGGAGCGGAGAGAUGGCCGUGGACGACAUCACCCUGAAGAAAGGCUCCUGCACAGAGGAGCACAAUCUGAGGAGACUCUGACUGACAGAACAAGAGUGAGGGGAAAUCAUCUCAAAGAGCAGUGACUCUGUGAAGCUUCCUUUGGCCCAACAGGGCCCUCGCUCGCCCCCGCCCAGUCCUCCCAGUCCUCCCAGUCAUCCUGCCAACGCCAGCCGAAAAAUUGUGCAUCUGCAGCGCAGCGGGUUUUUCUCGUUCUCAACGGUCCUCGAAUGAAAAGACUGGAACCCAGUCUCACGGGCGGCGCCCAGCAGCGCUCCCACAGCCUCCCGCCACCUCCAUCACUUUGUAGUUCUGGAACCCGCAUGCGCCCGCUAACCACGGAAGUGUCCCCCACCGGUGCCGAGAGACACCCACGUUGGCUUCAUUUCUCCCCGGACACAGAAUCGCCGCCUUGUUUUUUUUUUGCUGCUCUGCACCUUUAAACACAAACCAUUGCUUUUUAUUCGCUUAAUGUUUGAUCACGUGUUGAGGAGUCUUCGGCUGCAGAAUAACAGAAGUGGUACACGUUUAUUUUACACUGUGUGAACUGAUUUCUUUCUAAUCCAACUCUGGUCUCUAGUGUAAAUCCAACCAAGGAGUCAGUCCAGCUCCUUUGUGCUUAGGUUAAGGAACAUUGCACCUUUUUUACUGAUGUGUUUCUGUAUGUGGCCUCUUUUCUACCCCGAUUGUUCACAGAAGUCGUGUACAGACGCCCUCGUGUUUGUCCGAUACGUGAAUCGUGUCAGACGCAAUCGAUCGCUGAUUUUUGACUCUUAAACAGUAAAAUCGUCCGUUACUUCCUAUUACACCGCGUGAUUUGUUAUAUUACGUGCAGUUUGACGAUACCAACGACUUUUUAGGCUUUCGGAAAUUGUAUUAUUGUAAAAGUAGGUGCGUGUACAUACUCAAGAUCAGCAGACCUGUUUGUUGUGUGGGUUAUACAUUAUGUAUAUUCAUAUAUGAAUAUUGAUCGGCCUUUAAUAAAGAGCGCAUCCACACAGAGCUCUUGUGUAGUGCAGGGCUGUGCACAAAGCGUGUAUGUUUGUGUGUUGUGCCAAAACGCUCUGUGUGUAACUCGCCGAGCACAAAACUGCUUAGCGUUCGCUGUGGUGAUGAAGGGCAUCGGCUGGAACUUAGAGGUCUCUGUAUGCAUGAGUGCAUUCUGCGAAUUUAUCCACACCCGUAUGUAAAUAAAAUGCAUUUGGCUGACAUGU